AUGCGUGGUAUUUUUGAUUCGGAAUUACAGAAUAUUCAAAAAAGUAGUCAGUUAUAUCAAACUAUGGUUUGUGAAGAACGUAUGAAAAGUGAUCAUUCAAGGAACUCAUCACUAACAGAUAAAUCUACUGAUAAUCAUGAACAAUUGGGCACUGUCUUAUUCUGUCCCUGGGACAAAUGCAAUUCCACUAAUUCCGUUAAUUGCAGCUGCAGUUUUCUUCAAUGGGAUGAAGAAACUUACUUAAAUACCUUCUCAUAUCAAGGAAUACUUAGUGAUGACUGUUGUUGUGACAUCGAUAUUAUGUAUGUACCUGAUAGUAGACCUGUUGUAUGGGCUUUAUUAUCACCUAUUGACGAAGAAAUUGAAUAA